GCUGGUGGGGGGGGUGUGGAGCUGGUGGGGGGGUGUGGAGAUGGUGGCCGCCGCGUUGGACUUUGAAACUUUCUCCUUCACCGCCCCUCGGAGACGCAAAGAGAUCUUACAAUCAACGCUUGUUGGUCGAUGUCUUUGAUUUAUCGCACUCGCUACGUCUCCACACACACGCCCCCCCCCUACCUACCACCACCACGUCGUUGAAAGUUGCGACAGCGACAGCAACAGCAACAACGACGGUCUCUCCCUUCUCUUCACGAACAACAACAACGACCCCGGGCCGGCUUGCAAAGGAUGGAAUCGGUGCCACCCGUCAGCCGCGUGGCUAUCUUUGGCGGCACACAUGGAGACGAAAUGUCCGGGGUGUGCUUGGCGCGCCACUGGCUGUCGGACGCUGGCGAGGCAGCUGCGGAGAUAUCUCGUCCGUCGUUCAGCAGCACGCCUGUCGUGGCCAACCCCCGUGCCGUGCAGCGCUGCACACGUUACAUUGACACCGAUCUCAACCGCUGUUUCACGCACGAACAGCUCGCGGUGGAAGUAAAGGAGGACACCCCGUAUGAGACUCUACGAGCACAAGAACUAAAUCGCCUGUUUGGGCCCAAGGGCUCGGAUCAAGCCUUUGACUUUAUAAUAGACAUGCACAACACCACGUCGAACAUGGGCAACUGCCUGAUUGUGUCUAACUCCGCCGACAUCUUGGCCUUGCACAUGGCUCGAUACAUGCAGAGCAAGUGCCAACCCAUGCCAUGCCCUGUGCUACUCACAGAGCACCCUGUGCUGCAGUAUGCCACAGGGAGAUCUGUAGCCAAGCAUAGCCUUGCACUAGAGCUUGGGCCUCAACCACAAGGUGUUGCACGGGCAGAUGUUCUCAUCCGCAUGAGGAAGCUGGUCACAACGGCCCUUGACUUCCUGCAUCUUUUCAACACAGGACACGAGUUUCCGGCUGGCAACUUGGAGGUGUGCCGUGUCACUGAGCGCAUUGAUUACCCUCGGGACUCGCAUGGGAAUUUGACAGCCGUCAUCCACCCUGAUCUACAGGAUCGUGACUGGGAGCCACUGCAUCCAGGAAAGCCUGUAUUCCUCACUCUGGAUGGAGCAACCAUUCCGUACAAGGGCCCUAGUGUCACUAUCCCUGCCUUUAUCAAUGAGGCAGCCUACUAUGAGAAAGGCCUGGCCUUCUGGGCAACCCAGCGUGAAAUGCUACACUUCCCAGCUCUUCGCGUGGAUGGGCAAGCCAGCCAGGCUCAUAUUUAAUUGUUGUGCCUUAAGUUGCUCUGCACUGUUAACAAUCAAAUUGCAUCACACGUACUUAUAGAUCUAUUUUAAAACUAAAAGUAAUUUUGUACUAGCAUUCGAAUAUGUCGACAAUAUAAAUUGCCUAAGGUGUAUCAAUAACUUAGAAAAUCUGGCACCGUAUUUGCAAAAUGUUUUCUACUGUAAAGUUGAAGAUGAAAGCUCUGGUACUUGGCCUAGAUUAGGCAUUACAUGCUGAUGUUGCCUUAUUUUUCUAAAUGUGUAAAUUCCCCACAAUAGCAAUUGGGAAAUAAUGAUUCUUGAGCUUUUUGGGGCUUGAAAUGCACUGGUUUCUUGGGUUUAUGCAGUAAAAAUUAUUUAGCAAAUAUGAAUGAACGCUAAUCGAUGGACUUGGACUGACCGAGAUAGUACUAACCGAGUGCCUCACAUCUUUGGUUUUAUCUCCUAGUAAUAACUAGUCGGGAUAAAAAUAUAUAUAGAUUUGCAAUGCAUUGGAUGUGCUUAGGGAUUGUUCAUUAUGUAUGUAUGUUGAACUUCUUACGUAGCUAACUGUACUAAUCAGAGGUCCGGGGAAGGACAACUAAACUAAACAAAAAUCAGUGCUAAAGAAAUGAGUUUUCAAUAAAGACUUGAAAUUG